GAUUGAUUGUAAUUGAAUUCAGUUUCCAAUCAACUUUUGAUUCGUUUAACACAAUUUUACUUCUGUUAACAACGAACGAUUAGAUCAGUUUUCAUAAGAACAAAAUAGAAAUAGAAACGCCUUUUAAUGUUUAUAAAUCCAAAAUGGCUACUAUUGACAUUUAUGACAUUUUCUGCCAUAUUGUCAAAUGCAAUUAUAGAUGGACGACAAUCACCAAGCUCUUCUAUCACAAAAAAGAAACAAAAUGGUGAUAAUGUUCCAAAAGAUAUGGAAGUAGCAGCAACACACAAACAUCAUGGUAAAAAAGAAGAACAUGAAAGUGGACAUAAGAAAGAUCAUGAUGAACAUCAUCAUAAAAAAGAAGGUAAAAAAGGUGAUAAAGGUAAAAAAGGUGAUCAUCAUCAUCAUGAAGGUAAAAAAGGUCAUCAUCAUAAAAAACAUGAAAAAGGUGAACAUGAUCAUCAUCAUGGCCAUAAAAAGAAACAUCAUGAUGAAGGUGGCCAUCAUAAAAAACAUAAAAAAGGUGGUGAACAUAAAAAGGGCCAUGAAUUCGAGGAACAUGGACAUUAUAAAAAAGGUCAUCAUACAAAAGGACAUCAUGAAGUUUAUAAAUUGGAUGAAGAUAAAAAAGAGAAAAAACAUUAUGAUGAAGAUCAUGAUGAAGGUUAUCAUGAAGAUGAAGGUGGUCAUCAUGAAGAGAAAAAACAUAAAAAAGGUGGACAUCAUAAGAAAGGACAUGAUAAACAUGGUCAUCAUCAUGAUCAUCAUAAAAAGAAAGGUGAAGAUAAAAAAGGACAUCAUCAUCAUGAGCACAAAGGACAUAAAGGUGAAAAAGAACAUAAAGAUCAUUGGGGACAUCAUCAUGAGCAUGGUAAAAAAGGUGGUGAUAAACAUAAUAAGAAAUGGCAUCAUAAAAAAGGACAUAAAAAAGGUAAACAUUAAUAAGAAUACGAAUAAUAAUAGUAAUAAGUAUAUUAUGAAUAAUAAUUUGAAUUUUAAUAAUAAUUAUUAUAAAAAUAAAGAAGAAAUAGAAUCAAGUAAACAGGAAGAACAACAAUAUUAUAAGGAUAAUGAACAAAAAAUAUUAUUAAAAUUUAUUGUAGAUCUUAAUAAUUUCAUCUUAAUUGUA